AUGGCAGCCGUCAAGGAUCAGGAGAUUGACUACGCCAUCAAGCCUGAGGCGAUCAGCCCCAACAUUUCCUCCUCGGACUGGCCGCUUCUUCUGAAGAACUAUGAGCAGUUGCUCGUCCGAACCGGUCACUUCACCCCGAUUCCUGCGGGCUCCUCGCCCCUCAAGCGUGACCUCAAGUCCUACAUCAGCUCGGGUGUCAUCAACCUGGACAAGCCGUCCAACCCGUCCAGCCAUGAGGUUGUGGCGUGGAUGAAGCGGAUCCUCAGAUCUGAGAAGACUGGCCACAGUGGCACUCUGGAUCCCAAGGUUACCGGUUGUCUGAUUGUUUGCAUCGACCGUGCGACUCGCCUGGUGAAGUCCCAGCAGGGCGCCGGAAAAGAGUAUGUCUGUGUGAUUCGCCUCCACGACAAGAUUCCUGGCGGCGAGGCUCAGUUCCAGCGCGCUCUGGAGACCCUGACGGGUGCUCUCUUCCAGCGUCCUCCCCUGAUCUCCGCUGUCAAGCGCCAGCUUCGCAUUCGAACUAUCCACGAAAGCAAGCUCUACGAGUUCGACAAUGACCGCCACCUGGGUGUCUUCUGGGUCAGCUGCGAGGCUGGAACUUACAUCCGUACCCUCUGUGUGCACCUGGGUCUUCUGCUCGGUGUCGGUGCUCACAUGCAGGAACUUCGUCGGGUGCGCAGUGGAGCCAUGGACGAGGGCAGCGGUAUGGUGACCCUGCACGAUGUCAUGGACGCCCAGUGGGUGUAUGACAACCAGCGUGACGAGUCGUACCUGCGCAAGGUCAUCCGUCCCCUGGAGAGCCUCCUCACCACCUACAAGCGUAUUGUCGUCAAGGACAGCGCGGUCAACGCCGUCUGCUACGGUGCCAAGCUAAUGAUUCCGGGUCUUUUGCGCUUCGAGGCUGGCAUCGAGGUCCACGAAGAGGUUGUCCUGAUGACCACCAAGGGCGAGGCUAUCGCCAUCGGUAUAGCUCAGAUGUCCACCGUGGAGCUUUCCACCUGCGACCACGGCGUCGUCGCCAAGGUCAAGCGCUGCAUCAUGGAGCGUGAUCUGUACCCCCGCCGAUGGGGCCUGGGUCCCAUUGCUGUGGAGAAGAAGAAGCUCAAGUCCGCGGGCAAGCUGGAUAAAUAUGGUCGUACCAACGAGGCCACCCCGGCCAAGUGGAAGAGCGAUUACAAGGACUACAACGCCACCGAGGAGACUGCCCAGCCGGCCACCGAGACUAAGCCAGAGGCCCCAGUCCCCACAUCUGCCAACGAGACUGCCGAUGCCGUCGAGGACGAAGACGCCGAUGACGACAAGAAGAAGCGCAAGCGACACGACGGCGAGACGGCCGAGGAGCGGGCGGAGCGCAAGCGGAAGAAGAAGGAAAAGAAGGACAAGAAGGAGCGCCGGAAGUCCAAGCAGGACAAGGAGGACAGCGAUGACAGCGAUUAG